UCCUAAUUUCAUCUAUGAAAAAAUGAAACGAUAUCCAGCGAAAUUACCACCGAAAGAAGAGGAACGACCGUCAUAUUUAAGAAUUGAAUUCUUCAAGAAAGCUCGUGAAGAGAUUGAUCAACAACUCGUUAAAUAUGAAAUGGACAAAAAUCUUUAUGUUGAAUUCAUAAAGGAAAAGAUGAAGCUCAAUGUAAUUGAAGAUAUUGGGUUAAUCUCAUUCGAUCAGUUACCAAAAGGGUUAAUCAAAUCAAGAGUAAUUCAUGCUGAUUUACUUUCCAAAGUAAAGAAAAUUUCCUGUCUAUUUUGUGAACAAAUUGCAAUCGAUCCAAGAUGUUGUUCAUCAUGUACAAAAAUCUAUUGUACUCCAUGUGCUGAAUGGUUAAGACAAGGAAUUACUCAAGUUAAUCUACCUCCACCUAAAGAACGAACUGAAUUCUUAUGUGUUAAUGAGAAUUGUUUGAUUAAAGCCUCAACAUCAAAUUCAUAUGUUAAAUUGGUGCCAAUUGGAGAUGAAGAAAUCAUUCAUUUCUAUCAAGAUGCUAAGUUUACCUGUAAUCGUGAUUGGUGUAAGUUAAGCUUUGAUUAUAUUAAUUAUGUUAAUCACAUUUUCACCUGUCGACGUGGACCAAUCGAUUACUCAAUGGACAAAGAUUUAAAAUUGCCAAAUUUUAAACAAGGUCAAGUAUGUGCGAAAGUUUUGGAAAAGCCUAGAACCUUAGCUGGUCUAUUACCUCCGCAUUUAAAAGCGAAAGAUGAAAUAGAGGUCAUUUCACAUGAAGAAAAAUGGCAACAAACAGCUAAUCGAUUUGCGUUUCUACUCAAGAUGAGAGAUGAAAAUCCUGAUGAUCCUCAUCUUCAACCGAUAUCAUUGAGAGCUCAUGCUAAUUUGUCCCUUAAUUGGUGGAACAAUUGGAAAAUUGGUAAAGAUUCAAGAACUCCAUUGUCAGAAACGGAAGCUUUUCUAAGAGAAAUUGGUUUCCCUUCAAUCGAUAAUAAUCCUUAUUACCCCGGAGCUGCUGAUUUUCCCACCGUGCAAAGUUCUGUUAUUCCUGAGUAUCUUAUCAAAGAUUCAGUUAAUUGGAGAAAAUGGGCUCGUGGUAUUACCGAUUUUGAUGCUGAAUCGAUCAAUUCAGAUUCAAGUUCAGUCGUAAUGUAUUCUGCUUUUGUUGAAGACCCUGAAUCUCCGUUCAUCAGAGUCAAUCCUUUUGAUAGAUUAGCUCCAGCUGAAGUAGAUCAUGUUUUAGAAUGGUUAGAACAAUUUCCUUCUUGUGUUAAUAAGAAUCAACCAUUGGAUGUACCUAAAACAACUACUAAUCAAAAGAAAGUCUAUGCGAGAAAUGUUCGACGAAAGAUCAUCAAAUCGUCAUGGGACAAUAGACCGAAAGCCGUCUUACCAAUGAUGACUCAAGAAAGAGUUAAACUAUUUGCCCUAGCAAGUGAGUCAUUGGAAAAUAAAGAAACCUCUUAUUGCCUAUCAAUGUUUUGUGCUCCAAUAAGAGAAGGUGAUAAACUAAAACCAAGACCAAUUUGGGUAACAAUUGUAGAUGGAAAUCUAAGUGUGGUCUACGAAACUUUUGUUCGUUACUCAUCAAUCGAAUUAAGUGAUGAAAAUUACAAUGGUUUGACUCGACAAGACCUGAAGUAUGGUCGUAACCUCCGAACAGUACGAGACCAAGUUAUCAAAUAUCUCGUUUGUGCAACUCGAAUCGUUGGUUAUGGAAUAAUUAAUCAAUUUAAAAAUAUUGGCCUUACUUCUCAUGAGAUCAAUCAACUAUUACCCUCAUGUCGAGAGAUAAAUCAAUUUUACUCUCCGUAUUAUCAAUCAGCUUUAAAUUUACAAGCCAUUGCUUUUCUCUGGUUCCCUGGUUACGUUAUACCUAUUGAACCUCAUUCACCUGUAGUGGAAGCUAUUACAGCUAUGAGAUUAUUCAUUUUCCUAUGGAAGGACAUUGAAGAAAUCGCCCUGACUCUUGGUGGAAUUCACCAUAAAAAUGCUCAAUUAACCUGUGCUAAUACUAUUACAAGUUCUCUCUUGUAUUAUUUUGACUCCCAAGUUAAAGCAGGAAAAUUCUCAUGGCCAGAGGAAUGGAAACAAAAUCCAAGAAUGAAAUUAAUCCCUUACUACAAUACGGAAAAUUGUGUACCACCGGACAUGUCAAUGGUCAAUCAAUUAUUAUCAUCAUGGGCCAAGGAAUUGAAUGAAUAUGACGAAAGAGAAAAUUUAGGAAAUGGUUCUUCCCAAAGAAUCAAGCAAAUCAAAUCAAAAGAGGAUUCUGAUUAAUCUCCGUAAUCAAAAGAGAGUGUCUUAAUCAAGUGCGAGGGGUGUGAAGGGUAAAAUUUGACUCUCUCAUGAUUAACUUCAAUUAAUCAAAAUUGUCAAGAGAAUUUAAAUUGGAACCAAUAGGAUUGCAAUUUAAACAAAGUCCCCAAAGAUUUUCCCUCUUUCUUUUCUUUGUUCUCUUUCUUCAUUUUCUAUUUUCAUUUUUUGUUCUUUUCUAAAAUGUAAUUUUUUAGAUUAGUUUGGCUUAAAUUAGCCACAUAUUUUCUUAAUUAUGUCCCAAGUGAAUUAAUUUUGUUUUCUAAAUGUAACCAGUAAUGUGUUGUUCCAACAACAAUUACAUUCUUUAAGAUGUUUCCUUUUCCGUUCUAAUUCACAUAAAUAGUGAACCCAAAAAAUGUAACAAUUAGAGUUAGUUUCAUCUUCAACUUGUUCAAAUAUAAAAGUGUCUCAGUUUUUCUUGUUCCCUGAAAUUCUGUCUUGUUAAUUACUCUAGUAAUUCAUUGUGAUUAGUGUUGUGAGUCUGAUUUAGCCUUAGUGACAUAAUCAACAAACGACUAUCCAAGAUACGAAUCGAAAUCAGGUCGUCCUGAUGAUUUAUGUCGCCAUGUUUGGAGCUUUAUUUUACUCAUCUCGAGGCGGCGGCGGUUCGAUUGGUUUGAACGAAGCUCGAAAUCAGCGAUCAGAAAAUGACGAAAGUGAAAAUGUCGAUGAAUC